CUAACCAUAUGAAAAAUGCUGAUCCUCUUCCUCCCUCAACCUCUCGCGAUGCCGCCCGAACCCCUCUUCCCCCACACCCGCGCGCGCCGCUCCCUCUCGUGAAGCCACAGUCGCCUCUCCUUUCUUCUCUCUCGGUUCCGGCCGCCCCAUUGCCGGACCUCUUCCCUUCCGAGCCAACGCCGUCGACGCCGAACCUCUCCUCUCUUGCAUCACCGCCGACCGCCUUGGCCCGACACCGAUCGCCGGCCACCCAUGCGCCGAACCUCCUUCCCUCUCCCUCGUGUGCUCCCGAGACAGGAGUCGACCUCUUCCCUGUCCUCGCGCGCCAGCACCACAGCAAGCCGACGAUCCUCCUCAUGCGGGCACCAGCCGUCGAGCCAAGGCAGCCGACCCCUCUUCCUCACAUGGAGGACGUUGAUUGAAGACGAUUGACAUGAUCUGCAUAUAAAGGCGGGUACUUCUUACUUUGAU